AUGGAUGGCCGCUCGGCAGAUAUUGAUCAGAUGAUUGACGCAAUGAUCGAGACCCAAGCGCAACAUUCGAGAUGGGGUCAGCGGCCAAGUCGCCGGCACGAGCAGGCUCGUCGCGAGUCCGCACUCCCAGGCGACCUUCCAAGGCACCGGCUCGUACGUUGUAUUCGACUAGGGCAAGGAGUUCGGGGGGAUCCUGUCGCUGACGAUCAACAACGCAACGGCGCAGUCCCAGUUCUCGCUGUCGCUCACCGACCUGCGCCGGCGGCUGCAGAACUGGGACGUGAUCCAGACAUUCCACGCGCCGCUCGCCACGGGGCUGCUGACACAGACCGUGGGACAGCAGUGCGGCGGGUUUCGCUUCCUGACGAUCGUGAGGCGUACCCGGGCUACUUCUGCGCACCUGACCCCGGGUUUCACGACAUCGACUUCCUGGCGAAGAUCUUGUACGCCGGCACGUAUACGGUGCAGAACAACACAAUCCCUCCCCGCAUGGUGCGACAGGGGCCGUGGCCCGCAGGAGGUGGCUGGUCCAACAAUGCCUUGGGAGGUUCUGUGAUUGGGCCUAUCCUCGUCGAUGGAGCAAAACGUGACAGGAACAUCUGGCCAGGUAAUCCCUCAUGCUCAGGGCCGCGAUCUAAGCCUCGGAAUCACGCGACGGAUCAGGCGACUGCGAAGCCAACCACCGGCGCGCUGCAGUACUCUGGGCCGCUGCUGAACAAUCAGGGCAGCGAUAAGUACAUCUCGUGGUCGCUCAUCGGGACGCACAACUACUUGUAUAUAGGCGACCUCAAUUUCGUCGAGUCUGUCUGGCCAAACUACACCAAGGCGGUCGGGUUCCUUGAAGGGCGGGAGGCGCCGGAAACAACGCUCGUCACCGCGACGGACCUGGCGACGCAUCUCGGCGACGUCUCCCUCGCCGCCACAUACCUCGCCAACGCGACCAAAAUGCAAACCGCGCUCAACAGCCUGCUGUGGGACGCCGCUGAGGGCCUGUUCCGCAAGAACGACGUCCCGACGAGCAUCUACCCGCAGGCCGGCAACGCGCUUGCGGUCCUGUACAACCUCACGGCAUCGGACGCACAGAACAAGGCCGUGAGUGCUGAACUUUACAUGGAGAUUAAAUCACCGGCAGUCGAUCGCAACUCAUGCUGGGAGGUUUAUUUACAGCUUUUGGCCAAGUUCAAGGCCCUCGACGAGCUUCACAAUAUCGAUCAGACAAUAGACGACAGGUGGGCUUACGCCCUUAGCCAUGCAGCGGCAGAGUACAAGGACGAGAUCGCACCCUUACCUAACCUGAGGGAGCUUCAUGGUGGUGAUGGUGUCAUUGGACGGAACGUUUAUAUGGGCGGGGUGAAUAACGGCUACGGAUUGGGGCCGGAGCAUCAUGCCCGAUUGAAUGCAAUUCUCGACGAGAUUGAGCCGAACUUUGGUCCCGAUGAGUCAUAAACUGUUGGUCCCGAUCUUAAUUACAUGCUCACUACGCUAUCCCGAAUAUUAUGCUAUCUCGAAUGUUGGGCUUUUCGAAUAUUACGAUAUUGCGAUGUUGCGGUGUUGCGAUAUUGCGAUAGUCGGCUGCCUGGGUCUUGAUCAUUGCGUCAAUCAUCUGAUCAAUAUCUGCCAA